AACCUUUACUCUUUACAAGCGACUUCUCUCUCACUUCAGAGAAAAGAAGAAGAGAAGAGAGUGAAGAUGGAAGAAGCUUUCAUGGCGAUGCUCUCACACCUCCUUCACCUCCAAAACUCUCUAGACCCAACAAGCACAAUCUUCUCUUCCUCAUCCGCCUCCACAUCUUCACCAUCUCCCACAACACCUUCCUCACUCCUCACAUCCUCCUCCGCCGCGCCUCUCCUCUUCUUCACACUCGCAUCUCUCCUCUCAUUCCUCUCCGUCGCCAGAUCCUCCUCCAAUUCCUCCUCAUCCUCCAAAUCCCCCUCCCCUCCUCCGCCUCUCCCCGACGGCGACUACUCCGUCUCCGCCUUCCGCGCCCUAGCCAACGACCACAUCUGGGCCCUCGACGCCCCGCUCCGCGACGCACGCUGGCGAUCCCUCUACGGCCUCUCCUACCCCGUCUUCACCACCGUCGUCGAAAAGCUCCAGCCUUUCAUCGCCGCCUCCAACCUCUCCCUCCCCGCCGACUACGCCGUCGCCAUGGUCCUCUCCCGCCUCGCCCACGGCUGCUCCUCCAAAACCCUCGCCUCCCGCUACUCCUUAGAUCCCUACCUCAUCUCCAAGAUCACCAACAUGGUCACCCGCCUCCUCGCCACCAAGCUCUACCCCGAGUUCAUCAAGAUCCCCGUCGGCAAACGCCGCUUGAUCGAAACCACCCAAGGCUUCGAGGAGCUCACCUCUCUCCCCAACAUCUGCGGAGCGGUAGACAGCACUCCCGUCAAGCUCAGACGCCGCACCAAGAAGCUCAACAACAACAACAACCCUAGAAACAUUUACACCAGCAGGUACGGAUACGACGCCGUUUUGCUCCAGGUCGUGGCUGAUCACAAGAAGAUCUUCUGGGACGUCUGCGUCAAGGCACCGGGAGGAGAGGAGGACUCUUCUCACUUCAGAGACAGUCUCCUCUACAAGAGGCUUACCUCUGGUGACAUUGUGUGGGAGAAAGUCAUCAACGUUAGAGGUCAUCACGUGAGGCCUUACAUUGUUGGUGACUGGUGUUACCCUCUUCUCUCCUUCCUGAUGACGCCGUUUUCUCCCAACGGCGCUGGCUCGCCUCCCGAGAAUCUGUUCGACGGGAUGCUGAUGAAAGGGAGGUCGGUGGUUGUGGAGGCUAUUGGGUUGCUCAAGGCUAGGUGGAAGAUUCUUCAGAGCUUGAACGUUGGAGUCAACCAUGCUCCUCAGACUAUGGAAAGGUUGUUCUUGUUUGGAUUUUAA